AUGGCGAUCGUCACCGAGACGGAGGUUGCUGCAAGCCACAGCAUCGCGCUGGAAGAUAGGACGAAUAGCCUGGCGAACGGGAAAGGGAACUCUCAUAUACAGAUACAGCACAAGAAUCAUCAUCAUCAGCAGCAGCAGCAUCAGCAGCAUCAGCAGCAGCCGGCGGCUCGUCAAAGACCGCCGAGGAGCAAGUAUCGACAUGUAGCUGCGUAUCACUUGGAAGUCAAGCCGUCAUGCCUCAGUCGCGAUACUCAACACUCGCCCAGCUUCCUUGGAUUCAGGAACCUGGUGGUCAUCGUGCUGAUUGUCAUGAACCUGCGUCUGGUCGUGGAGAAUUUCAUGAAAUACGGCGUCCUCAUCUGCAUUCGAUGCCACGACUACCGCAAACAAGACCUGGCUCUCGGUGCAAUCCUCUACGCUCUGGUGCCCUGCCAUCUGUUCGUAGCAUAUGUCAUCGAGCUGUCUGCAGCACAGCAGGUGAAGGGAGCCGUGGGCCGGAUGAAACGAGACGAAUCCUCGUCCCGGACAAGCAAGGAGCUCUCUGCCUUUCAGACGACAUGGCGAUACGUUGCCUUUGCACAUUCUAUCAAUGCCAGCCUGUGUCUGCUGGUGACGUCGUAUGUGGUAUAUUACUAUAUCCAUCACCCGGGAAUCGGCACAGUGUGUCAAUUCCAUGCUAUAAUCGUCUGGUUGAAGAACUGUUCCUACGCGUUCACCAACCGUGAUCUUCGCCAUGCGGUCCUGAACCCGUCUCCAGACAACAGGCUGCCGGAAAUCUACAAGGCAUGUCCUUAUCCGAAUAAUGUCACCAUUUCAAACCUGUCGUACUUCUGGCUCGCGCCAACUCUGGUCUAUCAGCCGGUAUACCCUCGGACCGACCGCAUUCGCUGGUCGUUUGUCGCCAAACGGGUUCUCGAGUUCAUAGUCCUGGGAGUGUUUAUAUGGAUCAUAUCGGCCCAGUACGCGGCUCCCGUGCUACGUAACUCGCUGGACAAAGUUGCCAUGCUCGACUGGGUGUCUAUCCUCGAACGGAUCAUGAAACUGUCUACGAUAUCGCUUGUCAUCUGGCUGGCGGGCUUCUUCGCGCUGUUCCAGUCCUUCCUGAACGCUCUCGCGGAGGUGAUGCGCUUUGGAGACCGAGAGUUCUACCACGAAUGGUGGAACAGUCCCAGUGUCGGCGCUUAUUGGCGAACGUGGAACAGGCCCGUCUACCACUUUAUGAAACGCCAUAUCUUCUCCCCGCUCAUCGGUCGUGGCUGGAACCCGUUCGCUGCCAGUUUGGUUGUCUUCACCUUCUCGGCGAUUCUGCACGAAGUCCUCGUCGGUAUACCAACACAUAACAUCAUCGGCGUCGCCUUUGCAGGGAUGAUGCUACAGCUACCGCUCAUAGCUGCAACCGUGCCGCUGGAGAAGAUGAAAGGCCAGACAGGGAAGAUAGUGGGCAAUUCCAUCUUCUGGCUGAGUUUCUGUCUCGUCGGACAGCCGCUGGGCGCGCUCUUGUAUUUCUUCGCCUGGCAGGCCAAGUACGGAAGUCUGGUCUACCAACUAUCUCUCUACAUCUACCAUCCAUCAACCAUCACAUCUGCCACUACCAUCAACAUCUCCAUCAACCAUCAACUAUUAACCAUCAACUACUCAAUUGACCCCGCAAAGAUGAUGAUCCCAGUCCCAGACGGUUACGGCAACAUCAUCGCCGUCGCCCUCGGCGCCAUCCCGGUGCUCGGCUUCGUCCACGGCGUUAUCACCACCUUGAAGCGCAGAGAUGCCGGCGUCCCAUAUCCUAACAGCUACGCCACUGCCGAACAAUGCAAGGCUAACCCCAAGGCUGAAGCCUUCAACUGUGCCCAGCGCGCCCACACCAACUUCCUCGAGAACGCCCCCCAGACUAUGCUGCUCACUCUCGUCGCCGGUCUCAAAUACCCUGCCGCCACCACCUUGAUCGGAACUACCUGGGUCGUCAUGCGAUGUCUCUUCCUCUACGGCUAUGUCUACUCCGGCCAGGCUGCUGGUGCCGGACGCAAGUACGGAGGAGCGUUCUGGUUCGCCCAGAUGGCGCUUUGGGGCAUGGCCAUCUUUGGCGUCGCGAAGCCGAUGAUGCAGACGCCAACUUCGCCCUUCUAA